AUGGCUUCUAAGAAGUUGGGAUCUGAGUCUCAUGGUCCUUUCAGUUAUCUUGAUGAUGUCCCAUUUAAGAUAGGAGACAAAUUUAAAACCCCAGCAGAGGUUGGAUUACCCAUUGAUUUCAGCCUUCCUGAUUCUUCUAAGCUUGUCAGAGAAGCCCAGUAUGACUUCUCACUGGAAAAGAAAACAAUCGAGUGGGCUGAAGAUAUCAAAAAAAUUGAAGCUGCCCAGAGAGAAGCUGAACACAAGGCAGAAGAAGUGCUAGCAAACUCAAAAGCGGCUCCAGAGGACAUCACCAAAUUGGCGUUCUCAGAGGGACCUUGCCCUAAAGUCAUGCCUCUUCCUAUUAACCCCAUCCUUGCUAGCCUGCAGCACAAUAAUAUUCUUACUCCCACACCAGCCAACAGCAGUGCUGUGAAAAAAAAGGUUCUCAGUCCACCUCAUCCAAAAGCAGACUUCAACCCAGCUGAUUUUGAAUGUGAAGAAGACCCUUUUGACAAACUGGAAUUAAAAACUAUCAAUGAUAAGGAGGAAUUAAAAAAUAUUCUUGAAAUUCAUGUUGGUACUACUGGGCCAAUUGUUGCCCAGCUAUUAGAUAAUACUUUGCCCAAAGGAGAGUCUGUGUUGCAAGAUGAGAAAGUUCUGACAUCCAUAGAAAGGACUACGCUGGACUUCAAACCCCUUCACAAACCCAAUGGCUUUAUCACUUUACCACAGUUGGGAAACUGUGAAAAGAUGUCCUUGUCUACCAAAGUGUCCCUGUCCCCUAUCACUUCAGUGAGCAACAUCAAAUCCCUGUCCUUUCCUAAACUUGACUCUGAUGAGAGUGAUCAAAAAUCAUCAAAGCUCAUGAGCACUUUCCACAACACUACCUGUCUCUGCAAUGGUGCUUUGCUCAGUUCUUUGCAGACCUGCACUCAGAAUGAAGCCAAUGAAUUGAAUGGACACCAUCUGGUUGGUCUUUCUGCUGUAAAUGAGGACAGUGGCAUGGAGACAUCAACAUUAUCCUCUUCAUCCAGGCUGCCUUCCCUGGCUGCAUCAACAGUUUGUACAGAAGAAGAAUCAUCUCAAAGCACAGCAACUAUGGUAAUACAUCAAAAUUUCCUCGUGUCUAAAGUGCCCAAUAACACCAGCUGCACAAAGCAGUCAGGUGGCCCCACUCCUGAACUACAGCAGGCCCUCUCUGCUAGUGAGAGGCAGUGCAUAGAGACGGUUGUCAACAUGGGGUAUGCACCUGAGGACGUCCUGAAAGCCAUGAAGAAGAAGGGGCAGAACAUAGACCAAGUUCUGGAUUACCUGUUUGUACAUGGACAGCUUUGUGAGAAGGGCUUUGAUCCACUUCUUGUUGAAGCAGCUUUGGAAAUGCACCAGCGUUCAGAGGAGAAGAUCACAGAGCUUCUCCAACUAAUGAGUCAAUUUAAAGAAAUGGGCUUUGAACUAAAAGACAUUAAGGAGGUCUUAUUAUUGCAUAACAAUGACCAACAGAACGCUUUGGAAGAUCUAAUGGCCCGUGCAGGAGCCAGCUGA